AUCAUCACGUCUUGAAUUGUCUCCAUAUAUAUAAGCGAACGCUUCGAUAGGCUUCGAUAGUACCAAGCAUCUCUAGGAGCACCCCUUCACGUCGAGCGGAUCGAGUCAACUGGCAACGCGAUUUCUUCGAGUUUCAAGUGCUGCUCACCGAUAUACAGUGAACUAGCUGUACAGUGUCAACUGCAAUGGAUUCAACUCAAGAAAGAACCUUCUGCAAGUGGCUAAACACCAAACUUGAAGCAAAUGGUUAUCCACCUAUGCACUCGCUCGUCCAAGACCUUUCGGACGGCGUGCGCUUAAUCCAGCUCAUGGAAAUAAUGGGUGAUACAUCCCUCGGAAGAUACAAUAAGAACCCCCGAAUGCGCGUCCAGAAGGCAGAGAAUGUCAACAAAGCACUGGAAUUCAUACGACAACGCGGUAUAAAAUUAACAAAUAUUGGGCCAGAAGAUAUCAUCGACGGUAACUUGAAACUGAUCUUGGGUAUGAUCUGGACCUUGGUCUUGCGCUUUACCAUCGCAGACAUCAGUGAGGAAGGCCUUUCGGCGAAGGAAGGCUUGCUGCUUUGGGCCCAACGCAAAACUGCGCCCUACAAAGAAGUUGAUGUACAAGACUUCUCCAUAAGUUGGUCGGAUGGGCUGGCGCUCUGUGCGUUAAUCCAUUGUCAUCGGCCCGAGCUCCUGGAUUAUGACAAACUUGACAAGUCCAAUCGACACGGUAAUACCCGCCUGGCAUUUCAAGUAGCCGCAGACCAUCUUGAUGUUCCACAACUCCUUGAGGUAGAGGACCUGUGCGAUUCGACGCGUCCAGACGAACGCAGUGUCAUGACCUAUAUUGCAAGUUAUUUCCACGCCUUCUCAACGAUGGAUCAAGCUGAAACUGUUUCCCGACGUGUAGAAAAAUUUGCUGAACUAAUGCAAUCCGUUUGGACGAGCAAAAAUGAUUAUGAGCGUCGAGCUCGCGCUCUCCUACAUGCACUUUCUGAGGUCCAGAAAACGUGGUCAACCAGCCGUUUUACUGGCUCAUAUACAGAUGCGAAAGAACAAUCCACCACUUUUACAACUUACAAACACACAACCAAGCGUACAUGGGUCACAGAGCGACAGGACGUCACUACACUCCUUGGCAACAUACAAACGAAGCUUCGGACGUACGGGCUGACAGAAUACAUCCCUCCCCUUGGUCUCGCGCUUUCGGACCUCGACGACGCAUGGAAUGACCUGCUUCAAUCUGAAGCCAAAAGGUCACGGGCAAUUAAUGCACAGAUACGGCAGAUCAAAGAGUCGUUGCGGAAAGAAUUCGCGGAUCUAGCUAAUGAUUUCUCGCAACGUCUGCACACCAUAUCAUUGGAACUCUCGGGUGUCGCGGGGCCGCUAGAGACCCAGCAAGACCAGGUCAAAAAAAUUCAAACCCGCCUGCCGACGUUAUCUGAAGCCCUGACGCGUGUGGCAAAGGCAGAGCAAGACUGCGUCGCAGCAAAUGUAGAAGAGAACGACUACACUGUGUUCACAUGUCAAGACCUUGAGUUUGAACUAGGACUUGUAGCGCAGAGCCUCACGAAGAAAAUAUCUUUCAUUGACAAUCAGAUUGUGUCCCGAAAUAUGACCAACCUAACACCUGCACAACUGGAGCAAUUUGAGAGUACUUUCCGGUACUUCGACCGCGACGAGACCAACACGUUGAGCUUGACAGAGACGAGCGCAGCUCUCGCUAGUCAGGGCCUUGUGUACUCUGAUGAAGACAUGACUUAUAUCUACGACCAGCUGGUACAAGACUACGGCGCGGUCACUUUUGAAGCAUUCAUCAAUCUCUUGGUUGACAUCACGGAGGAUCAAACGUCACCGGAGCAACUGCGCGAAUCAUUCCGUGGAAUUGCGGGUGACAAACCUUUUGUGACUGAACUCGAUUUACGCCUGGCUCAGUUGCCCGUAAGUGCAGUCGACUACUUGAGUCAGGUGAUACCGUCGACAAACAAUGAGGUGGGAGAACCCGAGUAUGACUAUGAGACUUGGCUCCGGGACGUCUUUGCAUAGUGUGAAGCAGUAGACCCUGACUCUAUGGAGUAAAGAAGGUUUUGUGGAAUUACGAGGUUGGGAAUUUUAACUUUGAGCUUCCAUGAUGUAGUGUCAGCACGAAUCGUGCAAUCUUCACAGCAUCAUUUCUGCUGUGUCUUGUCUACGCGAAGGGUGGCCCGCGACGGCAGAGCCCCUUACUGUUGGUAUAUUGAGUCAUUGAUUGGUGUUACAAAUACAAGCGUCCUACACAGACGAGUCGCGAGAA